UUGACAAGAAGCGCUUACCAAAGAGUUCAGAGUGUCUUGUCCGAAUGCUUUCAACUCGUAGAAGCUUAACUCUAGCGAAAGAGGCAAAAGAUUCGUUUUUGUUCCUCUCUAAUCUCCGAGCUCGAUUCCUAUCUACAGAAUACUAUGACCCACCAUUCUCCCCUCUCUCCAAACCUCCAAAACCGAAGAAGAAGACGAAGAAAACCCAAAAGGAUCAGUCGCCGGAGCCAAUAGUUAACCCGACGGCGCCGGCGACUUCAGACCUCCCUUUCGAUUUUAGAUACUCCUAUUCAGAAACCAACCCUGCAAUCAAACCAAUUGGGUUCCGUGAACCGAAACGGUUCUCUCCGUUCGGACCGGGUCGGUUGGACCGGAACUGGACGGGGACUUGCGCUCCGGCUUCUCAGGAGAGUGAUGCUCAGAGGCAAUGGGCGGAGGAGAGAGAGAAGAUUCUCGGUGAGGCGUUGACGGAGGAGGAAGUGGCUGAACUCGUUGAACGGUACCGUCACAGUGACUGUUCACGCCAGAUCAAUCUCGGGAAAGGAGGAGUCACACACAAUAUGAUAGAUGACAUUCAUAACCACUGGAAGAAAGCCGAGGCAGUGAGGAUUAAAUGCUUGGGAGUACCUACUCUUGACAUGGACAACAUUUGUCACCACCUCGAGGAAAAAUCAGGUGGAAAGAUUGUAUACAGGAACAUAAACAUCCUAGUUUUGUACCGGGGAAGGAACUAUGAUCCGAAGAAUCGUCCCACCAUACCACUCAUGUUAUGGAAGCCUUACCCACCAAUAUAUCCAAAACUUGUAAAGAAUGUUGCAGAUGGCUUAACGUUUGAAGAGACCAAAGAGAUGAGGAACCGUGGGCUUCACGCUCCUGCUCUUAUGAAACUUACUCGGAACGGUGUCUAUGUUAAUGUGGUGGGAAGAGUGAGGGAGGAGUUUGAAACAGAAGAGGUUGCGAGACUAGAUUGCACUCAUGUUGGGAUGAGUGAUUGCAAACGAAUCGGUGUGAAGCUAAAGGAUUUGGUUCCCUGUGUUCCUAUUUUGUUCAAAGAUCAGCAGAUUAUACUCUGGAAAGGGAAGAAGAAUUGAGAUGAAGAGGAUGCUACUCUGUGAAACUUUGAUCCAGAAACUAUAAUAAUGUGACCUGAACAAAUCCAACUGUGAAAAUUUGAUCCUGAAACAGUGUUCAUGUGAUCUGAAUAUAUUUUUUCCUUGUAACAACAGUUUUGUGCCUUUUAACUUAUAUCAAUUAGAAGAAUGAGCACAGCAUCGGAAGUGUA